GGCAUCGCUUUCCAGCCUGGCAUCGCACUGCUGAGACGGUGGAUUUACCGAUUUUUUUUCCUCACAGCGAGACGAGGCCGCGUGCACUGCAGCAUUUCGUGUUUUGCUUCUGCAGUGAGGGAUACCUAGAGGUACUGUGGGGCAUCCGCGCCUCAGCACUGCGAUUGUUUUUUUUUUUCGGUUUUAUUCAGGGGGCUAAAGAUUGCGGACAGCUCGCUAUGGCCGUAUAGCUUCGGCAGAGGAGGGAAAAACCACUCACCCCUCUUUCCCUCUCUCCUUCUUCCCUCCUUCCUUCCCUCCCUCCCUCACCACCUUUUUUGCGUUUGCGUUUGAAUUUGUUUUAGCAUGUGCUUUAGCAUCAGGAUGCGCUCGAGGAGGCUCGCAGCCCGGCAUCGUUACGCUGUUUCCGGUUCCUAGCUGCUCGUUCUGUUCAGCUCUUAUUCCGAAGAAAAUUCCAAGGAAGAGAGAGAGAGAAAAGAAGGAAAGACAGAAAAAUACCCUACCAGGCCCCCCACCCCCCUAAAAGAAAAGCAGCGGAUCCCGAUGGCACGGCCACUUACACAGGGUCCGCCGCGCCGCCGCCGUCGCCGUGCCACCGCUCGAGCCCCGUCGCGCUCCUUCGUCCGUUCAGCCCUGCUCCCGAGAGCCGUGCCGCAGCGCGCGCCGCAGCGAGCCGCGAGCCCAAGCCGGCGGCAGCAUGAGGCUUGAUCCGUUGCACUUCUCCAUGCUGGUCGUCGGGGUCUCGCUGGCGUGCUACUCCCCGAACCUGAACUCGCUGCAGGAGCAGGCCCACCGCUCGGCCAUCGUCAUCGAGGGCAAGGUGCAGUCGGCGCCCGCCAACGCGUCCGCCGAGCCCUACAGCGUGCACGUGAAGGUGCUGGACGUGUGGCCGCGCAACAGCGGCGGCCUCGAGCGCGAGCAGCUCGUCACCGUCGGCGACUUCGGCUCGGCGGCGCCGUGCGCCACCGUGCUCAAGAACCACAAGUACAUCUUCUUCAUGGAGCCCACCGACGAGCCGCUUGUCUUUAAGGCGUCCUUCGCUCCGCUCGACACCAGCGCCAAGAACCUCAAAAAGGACGUCGGGAGGAUCUUGUGUGAAGACUGCGGUGCUCCUACAAUAAAGCCUUUAAGGAACCCAGUGAUGGUGGAUGAGGGAGGCAGGCUAACGGUGAAGUGCGAAGCCUCGGGUUCCCCUCCCCUUUCCUAUAAGUGGUACAAAGAUGGCAGCCUUCUGAAAAAGAGCAAAGAAGUCAAGAUCAAAGCAAGCAAGAAAAACUCCAAGGUCCAGAUUUCAAGUGCACGGCUUGAGGAUGCUGGGAGUUACAUGUGUGUUGUAGAGAAUGAAGAUGGAAGCAGUAACAGAACAAGCACCGUUAAUGUCCAAAGCAUAACCACAACGUUACCUCCAGGCUCCGGCCACGCCAGAAGAUGCAACGACACAGAGAAGGGGUACUGCGUUAACGACGGCGAGUGCUACUUCAUACAUGGUAUAAAUCAGCUCUCCUGCAAGUGUCCAAAUGACUUUACUGGCGAUCGCUGUCAAACCUACGUUAUGGCCAGUUUCUACCAGUCUCUUGGGAUUGAAUUUAUGGAGGCAGAGGAGCUCUAUCAGAAGAGAGUCCUGACAAUCACAGGCAUCUGUGUGGCUUUGUUGGUGGUGGGCAUCGUGUGCGUGGUGGCCUACUGCAAAACCAACCUCCCCCCCAGGAAACAGAGGAAGAAGAUGCACAAUCACCUGCGGCAGAACAUGUGUGUGGAUCACCCCAACCGCAACCUGGCCAAUGGCCCCAACCAUCCAGGUCCUGGCCCAGAAGAGAUACCAAUGUAUAUCUCUAAGAACGUUCCGGCCACAGAGAGAGUGAUCAGACACGGAGCGGAGGCGUCAUUCCCCGGCAGCCGCCAGUCUUCCAGAUCCCACAACUCCUCCACCCGAGCCCACUCCUCCACACACAGACACGAGGAGAGGACGUGGAGUCUGGAGCGGACGGACAGUGUGCUGUCGGACUGUCCCUCGGGUAUGCUCUCGUCCUCCGUGGGGACCAGUAAGUGCAGCAGUCCUGCGUGUAUGGAGGCGCGGGCACGGCGGGCCGCUCACUGUGGCUACCCUGACUCCCACCGGCCGCCCCUGCAGUACGGAGACUCCUUCGACUCGCUCGGCGACUCUCCGCAUAGCGACAGGUAUGUGUCGGCUUUGACCACGCCGGCCCGUCUGUCUCCAGUGGACUUCCACUACUCACUGCCCCAGCAGGUGCCUACCUUCCAGAUCACUUCUCCCAACGCCAGCCACGCCGCGUCCCUGCCUCCGGCCGCCCGCUCCCCCUACCCGCCGCCCCAGGAGGAGGAGGACCACCCGCUGCUGCUGCGGCGCUACCAGGUUCCCCUGCACGAGGCACAGCGAUACCAGCCCUACCGUCAACAGCAGCAGCAGCAGCAGCAGCGGCAGAGCUACUCGCGGAACAGCCCAGGCAGCUUGCCGUCCAGCCCUCAGCGGCCGGCCCAGGACGAGGAGUACGAGAGCACGCAGGAGUACCCGGCCUCGUCCUCCUCGCUGGAGCAACCAAAGAGAAGCGGCUGGCGCAGCUUGCACAGGUCCAGACUGAACGGGCACGUGGCGCCGAGGGGCUACCGGCCGCCCCGGGACUUGGGCUCGCGCAGCUGUCUGUCAGACAGCGGCUCAGAGGAGGAGGAGGAGGAAGAGGGCGAGAGCACCCCCUUCCUCAGCAUGCAGAACAUGAGCAUCCCCGAGCCCUCCACCAUCUACAGGCCCGCGCCGCCCACGGCCGCAGACACGCGGACUUCUCACGGUGCCGCCGGGCGCCACGCGCCCCGCUCCAGCACACAGAGCGGCAGCAGACAGACGCACGCGGGCUCCAAACCGGACAGCUCUGCCCGCUGAGAGAGAGACAGCCCUACCCUACAUUGCCCCACAAGAAAUCUGUAUACCUAUAGUUCUGCACCUAUAAGAAAUAUUUUUAUUUUAUAUAACUAACAGAUAUUCUAAACAAAUGAAAUAUUUAUUUUCAUUUUAGCAAAAAAGUUGUCUACUAGUUAUCAGCAAAGACUUUUUUUAUAGGGAAAACUCUAUUUAUAUGUACAUUUUGAUUUACAGCAUAAAAGAAAAAAAAAGACGUGCCAAUUUUUUCACAACUUAAAGAAAUAGAGUAAUAUUGUGGUGCCUUUUGCUGUAUGCCGAUGCCAGAGGGCCAGUGGAGUUUUUUGUAGCCUUUCUUAUACGGACGCCUCAUUUUUUAUACACGUUUACUCUUUUGUUGACUCUUCUUUGGCCUUUUGGUUUCUUUUCGGUUUUCCAGUUUGUGUUCCUUUUGGGAGCUGACCCACCAUUUGAGCUGUGACAUUGCCCCCUCCCCAACCACAUAUACAUAUAUACACACAUACAUACAUACAUAAACACGUACAUACAUAUAUACACACACGUCAUGCAAUAUAAACCACUCCAACUUAAGGUGUAUGUUUACAAGAAUAUAAUUCACACAGAUGCUCAAUGCGCUUAUGUUGCUUUUCUAACAGGAGCUCAAAGACAAAUGCAACCGGGGAGGGGGCUUUAUUUUUCCCUGUGACACGGGAGGGAACGCGUAUGCGAUCUGUGUCCGGAUGUCAGACCAAAUGUGUGGAAAUCUGCUACACACCACUGCAAGGUGUGUGAGCGGAAGGAAGGAAGGAAGGAGUGGCCAAGGAGCGAGCGUGGCUCAGAGAUUUAUGCUGCUGUCGUCGUAACUAGUGACCAAUCGUCAUUUCAGAUGUUUCACAGUAAAGCGCUAAAGGAGCUGGAGUAGUUUUACCAGGAUAGAGGUUCUAUAAUGUUGUCAUUUUUUAAAAGGAUAUAAAUAUAUCAAAUUAUUGUUACAGAAUAACAUGCUAUUGUUACAAAUCACUCAGGCUCUGACUGAAAGGGAUCCAUAACUUCUCUCUCUUACUAUGCUGUACAAAAGACUUUUAGUCAAAUAAAUAUGUUGGAUAGUAAUGUGUAUAUGUUUAGUGGAUAAUCAGGAUAUAAAUGAAAAACAGUAACUGUAGUCAGAAACUACUAAACCAAAUUAAAUCAGCUAACUCCUUAGCAGAAUCUAUCAGAAUCUCUGAUUUAGCCACAGCAGAAGCAGCCAGAAUCUUCAUUUUAGGGAGGGGCAGGACUUCUCCCAAACCCAUGACUCUGAUUCACCAUACCAGCUCAUUAAUUACUCAUUAAUCAGCUAAAAACAAAUGUCCAUCACAGUACUUUUAUUUUGUGCUGCCUUUUUAAGCUAGAACCUUACGUUCUUCAGAAAUGUCAGCUAGCACAGUUAACAAUUAAACAGACACUGUUCAUGAACAGGUUUACGCUGAUAGAGACUGAAUAUAUAAGUUGAAAGUCAACAACCUGUGAUGGUAAAUCCCACAACCCUGGUUACUUAUGUCUUCAUAUCUUCUCAAAUGAGAAGACACACAUCUACAGCUACUUCUUUAGACUUUCAUCAGGCUAAUUAAAGCAAAUACCAGCCAACAAAUAGUAUGAAAUAGCUACUAGCUACCAUAAGUAACACAGUUAACAUUAAUUAGACUACCUAUUGCAUCAUGCAUUUUAGGAUCAUUUCACCUACCGUGAUAUAUUGGGGUUUUCUGUGUUCACAUGGUAAAAAAAAAGUUUUCCACUUCAAAUUUGUCUAGAAUGUAAUUUUAAUCAUUUAAAAUACAGACAGUAGAAAUGCCUGUAUUUUUAAACACCUUAGAGAUAAAUUUCAGUUACACUCUUAAUGAUAACAAUAACACUACAUCUGUGUCUGCUACCAGGUAUUUG